CUCCUUUCAGUCUUGAAAUAAAACCAAAACCAAAACCCCUGUCAUCGAAAACUCGGUUACAUUAAUCCACUUCAAUAAAAAUUUUAUACCCAUUUUUGUUUUUUUUUGGGGUCUCUUCUUCAUCUCCAUCACUGACUUCUUUAAAACUCUUUCUAUCUCUCUCUAAUAUGCGGAAUUAACAGUGUUUAGUCAAAAACCAUAAAACUAAUUCUUUUUUAAUUUAAUUUUUCUUGUGAAUGGAGGAGCUAUAAACGCUAAAGGAGACCACCACCACCACCAACACCAACAACAACAACAACAACCCAUCUCUCCAAGAAACCAGAAGAUUCCCAUUGCAUAACAGGGAAAAAAAAGCUAAAAGAAACAAACACCAGCCUAAAAGUCCCUCACUUUCCUUAUCUUCUUCAACGCCACUGUCACCACCACCACAAGAACUUGAAACUAACCCAUCUCCUCGAACCCUAGCCCUAAUCCGAAUCGGAUAAUUUUCAAUCACAUUUCGAGCAAAAAUUACGGGAAAGAGGAUUUGGGUUUUCAUCUAAACACCCACUGUUUUUUUUUUUAUUGCAUCUACAUUUUUUUCCCUUUUGAAAAAUGUCCCAGAUGAAGCAUCUUGACAACAUUCCUUCAACUCCGGGAAAGUUCAAGAUGGACAAAUCCCCUUAUAUUCACAGACUUCGUUGGCAUUCUUCGCUUGCUAAGCUCUCAUUCUGGUCCUUUGUGUUCUUGGGCCUGAUCUUCAUCUUCUUCUUCCGAUCGCCUUCGUCUUCUCCUAUGCCUUCCGAUCCCUCUCGCCGCUCCCUUAGAACCUACAACUGGGGCGGAGCUGCCUGGGAAAAAAGGGUCCGGUCCUCCGCUCGAGUCCGGUCCCGAAAUGGGUUUUCGGUACUCGUCACUGGAGCAGCUGGAUUCGUCGGAACCCACGUCUCCUCUGCGCUCAAGCGGCGCGGCGAUGGCGUGCUUGGUAUUGACAAUUUCAAUGACUACUACGACCCUUCACUGAAACGAGCUCGCCAAGCGCUUUUGGAACGGACAGGAGUUUUCAUUGUCGAAGGAGAUAUCAACGAUUCAGCACUGUUGAAGAAGCUUUUCGAGGUUGUAGCUUUUACGCAUGUGAUGCAUUUGGCGGCUCAAGCUGGCGUCAGGUACGCCAUGGAAAAUCCUGGCUCUUAUGUUCAUAGUAACAUUGCUGGUCUUGUUAAUCUUCUUGAAGUCUGUAAAUCUACCAAUCCACAACCCGCAAUUGUAUGGGCUUCUUCUAGUUCUGUCUAUGGACUCAAUACCAAAGUUCCCUUUUCGGAAAGAGACCGGACCGACCAACCUGCUAGUCUCUAUGCUGCUACUAAGAAGGCUGGCGAGGAAAUUGCACAUACUUAUAACCAUAUAUACGGUCUUUCGCUUACUGGGUUGCGAUUCUUUACUGUUUAUGGCCCUUGGGGGAGACCCGACAUGGCAUACUUCUUUUUUACGAGGGAUAUAUUGAAGGGGAAGGCGAUUCCAAUCUUUGAAGCUGCUAAUCAUGGCACGGUUGCAAGAGAUUUUACCUACAUUGAUGAUAUUGUUAAGGGGUGUUUGGGGGCAUUGGACACUGCUGAGAAGAGCACUGGAAGUGGAGGGAAGAAGAAGGGACCAGCACAAUUGAGGGUGUUCAAUUUAGGUAAUACUUCCCCUGUGCCAGUCUCUGAACUUGUGAGCAUUUUGGAGAGGCUCCUGAAGGUCAAGGCAAAGAGAAACAUUAUGAAGUUACCACGCAAUGGGGAUGUUCAAUUUACUCAUGCUAAUAUUAGCUAUGCUCAGAGGGAGUUUGGGUAUAAACCCACAACAGAUUUGCAGACUGGUUUGAAGAAGUUUGUGAGGUGGUAUCUCAGUUACUAUUCUGGGGGGAAGAAGGCCGCUGAAUGACAAAUUCUUUUAGUUACUUGUCUUUUCAUAUAUCUUAAUGAUGCCAUAUAAGGAGGAACCUUUUGUGUCCUAAACUGGAGAAGUUUUGUGGUUGGUGGACAUUGUUAGCGAGGGCACUCCCAAGCUGUAUCAGAAGAAAAUGAGGACCAUCUCUUUCUCUUUUUUUUUUUUUCUUUUUCACUUUGGAAUGUAAUUGUUGUAGUUUCAGCAUUGUAGAAUUCAUGACGGAUAGAGAGCACACGCGGAUUGGUGGACUUGUAUCAUUGGUAUGCAAUUCAAUAAAAAUAGCACACAAUAGUUUGGUUUUUCUGCUUUACAACUAAAUGAACUGAACUAUUGUCGACUUUGUGUAAUGGCUAAUUUUGUUUAUUAUAAAUUGAAUGUUGUAUUAUUGAUUUUCAUGAAUAGUUUUGUAUAAUUAAUAUUUCUAAACUCCACUUUCUGGCCUCCCUACUCUUUCCUUUUCAAGCUAGCUUACAUCUGAUGCGUCAAUUUAACUAUAGAAACUGACAGUGCAUAUCUUUUUAUUUUGCUUUUUAGAGUAGAUGAACACCAGGUCAUUCUUCUAUGCUGCCUGUACACACGAGAUUUCUUUUUCCUACUGCUUUAUCUUUCCUUUUUCACACAUGAUAUGUGGUUUGUAGAUUAGAUAUUCUGGUAAGGGACAUAUUUGAUAUUUGGUUCAUAGAUUAUAUAUUCUGGUAGAGACAUAUUUGUGAUUAUAUCUUCUGGGAAUGAUUGACAAUUAAUUGCUAUAAUACUGCCUGUUAUGUUAAAGAGUGGUAGAAACCUUUUUUUUGGGUGAAUUAGAGUGCUAGAAACCUUAGUUUCUACUUAGGGAAAUCAUUUAUUGUAUUCCCUUAACAGACAACCACCAGAAAGUAUUUAGAAGCAAUAAUCUCAGCUCUCAAGGGUUUUGUUUUGGCUAUCUUAACCUUGAAAAUGCUACAAGAAAAUGAAAUGUCCAAAAAUUGAAAAAAUAUGUACUUAGACGGGCACCUGUGGCAUUUUUAUGUCUAUUAUCACCGUAUUUGAAUUUUUCUUGUCAUCGUCCAAUCCCACUUGGAUAUUUGUGUGCGGAAUUGUUCAAGAUAACUUGCAACUGUGGAAUUUUUUUUUCUUUUCUUCGGUAAUACAACUUUGGAAGUAUUUUGUGGCUGUGUAAACCAUCAGCUGAUAUGGUACUUAAAUAAUUCCACCCAGUAUAACAAAGAGGAUGAUCUUUAUUUGAAAUAAUUGGCGAGCUUUCUGUCCUAGAAGUAAGAAAGUGAGAAUGCACCACCAUCAUGUCUUUUCAGUCUUUCACAUCUAAGUUCUGCGCUGCAGCCACGUUUUGAAUGCAUUACCACAAAACAUGCCAAGAUAUUUAGAAGCCAGCGUAAAUUUUGGAUGCAUUAGGCAAUUAUUUACUCUAUUAUUACUACUUUUUUUAAGUUGGAGUAUCGCUAAGUGGGUUGUGAUAAAAUGGCAGACAAGAGGUCGAAAAACAUUAUGUAGCUUUGGAUUUACUUUUCAUAGUUUGUAAAAGCCUGACAAUUACUCAUGUAGGAUGGUUAUAUUGCUAUUUGAGAAGUGAUUUCUUUUUUUAACUUGUCUAUCUACAGCGCCCUUAUUGACGAUUGUGCAUUGUCAGAAGAAAUCACGGUUUUAAGUUUAAAUUUGCAUUUUUGGUUUGGUAAUUGAAUAUGAUCCUUAAUGUUUGCCUAUCAUGCCUUUAAUGGAACUGUUUUGCCAGAGUGUAUCACUGCCAAUUGUGAAGACUCUUCUUUGUCUUUAUCAUGUAACUAAUGAUUCAGAUGUGAAAGCUGCAAGUUUUUUGAAUCACGUUGUUACGUAUAAUGUCUUAUAAGUAAAAAUAAAAAUAAAAAUAAUAAAAAAAACAACAGAAGAUGUAGUUAUGAGUUUUCUGACCACACUUUACUAGAUUAAGCAGCCACGUAACACAUAAUGAAAGCCAUGGGGCCGAUUUAGAGUAGAUAAUCUCAAUUCAGACUUUCUCCAGGUCUCUAUUAAACCAGAAUGUAUACAUAAUGCAAGAAAAGGACUCACAUAUCCUUUUCACCAAAAAUAAACGAAAAACCAAUAUGAAAGAGAAAGCAAAUGUUGUUAAUUUAAUCAGCUAACCUAAACUUUAAUCUGCAAUUGUAACUUCAACCUCCACACCAGGUUCAAUAGUGAUGGAAGUAAUCUGCUUCACCACUUCCGGGGAGCAGUGAAGGCCAAUCACUCUCUUGUGCACUUGGUGCUCAAACCUAUCCCAUGUGUUGGUUCCUAAUGACCAAAUGAAGUAUCCCAAAAAAAAAAAAAAAAAAAAAAUGUGUUGGGUCAAAAAAAGAUGGAUACAAUUCCUGUAUAGCAGCAAUAUAUAACAGGUCCAAAACCAAAGAUACUAAAGAAAAACCAAUUCUAAAUUGGAUCAAAACAGAAUAACCAGGAAAAACAUUUUAGCUUUUUGGUUGAAUAACUUCACCACAGGGAGACUUCCCAGUCGUAAUGUGCAGAACUUUUGUAGGCAUCCUUGCUGGUCCCUUCACUGUCAAUGACUUGUCCUUAGCACCACGAACAAGAUCAUAGCACACUAACAAACACAAUAACAGAUGAUUUUUGAAUUUGAUUUUCCUGAGACGUCCAAACAAAUUAAUAACACACAUAGAAGAAUAUGUACCUUUCUCCAAGUUUUUAACAUUCUUGGAGGAGAGGGUGAUCCUGAUACGCUUAGGAGGCUGUUGCUGCUCCAGGAACUCCUUCAUACUAAUUUACUAGGCUUCAAGGUUAAUGCCAUGAUUUUCCAACUGUACAAAUUUCACAAUUAGAAAUUGAAAUCAUAAUAAGAUUGAGAUUUCUAGUUUGGUUUUUCUCUUAUAGCAGAAAGAAAGCAUAAACACAGUUGAAUUGGUCACUAUCUACAUCUAGCACCACAUCAAAUAUAAUCUCUACAACACAACAAGUGGAUUUCGUUGUCUCACAAACAAGUUAUGUCUCUAACGAAUGGAUAAUCAGACAUAUACACCAUAUGAAAAUGAAAAAGGUAAGGAGUUCAAUUGAAUUUUGAUUAAAGUGGUAAUAUACUAUUGAACACUAACCGUAUACUCUAUAAUGUGCCCAUAUUAAAGCAGAGAAAUCAUGGGAAUUGGCACAAACCUUAAGAGGGCAAGAACAAAGGUGCUGAAGGUUAGGAUUCCAGAUAUUAUAAAGAAGCAGCCUCUGUAAAUAUGCUCACUAAGUAGACAGCGAGCUAUAUAUACGUUUUGGGUUGUUAAUUUGUUUUCUUUACUAUUAUUAUUAUUUAUUAAAAAAAAAUAAAAAAUAAAAAAAAAACCUUCACCUAUUUCUCAAUAAACUAAAUCUAUCUUUUUGCGUAUUGAUGUGAGUAUUUUAUACAUUGGGGAAGAUACAUACCGGUUUUUUGUUUUUUUAAUCUAAAUAUAUCUUUUUUUCUUUUUCUUUUUCUUUUUUUUCCCUCUUAAUCUACUAUCUUUUUGCGUUUUGCAUUUUAAUUUGUCAAACUCAAACAUAGUCCAAGUUGAGUUGAGAUAUUUCUUCAGUGUUUAUUGACGGGAAGGUCUUCACAGACGACCCAAGUGCCAACGCAAGGAAACCACGCGGAACAAAACCAACAAAACUUCAGCAAAAAGAAGGCUGCAUUUUUGCUUUUAACAAUUUAUAAGACUUCCAUCAAAUAAGAUGGUGUAAGAGGAUCAACAAACUCCAUAAAAGUAUGGAUGGUCUCCUGGCUCUAAGCACGGGGUAUAAUAUCUCCUUGGCUUGUAGCAUAAACAAGUAAAUCGUCUAGUCCCACAUCAGGAAACGAUAACAGUCCUCGCUUGAAAGCUUCUAUACAUGUACGAAAGAGCGCACGCUAAUGUUCUCACGCAGCCGCGCGGUGAGCACAGAGCGAACUAUUCUUUCGCCUUUUACUAAAGAAUACCGUGUGCUCGCCGCCUAUAGCGGCAUACGCCAAUUUUUAGAGGGGUUUCUCUCACGAGGAGCCCCAUAAAGUUAUCGUUCAAGUUUUCUGUUUUACCCUAUUUACCCAUGUCCUGGUGCUUAUUCUUCACCCUAGUAAACGAUGCCUAUUCAUCCAAAAAAAAAAAAAAUGCCUAAUUAUCCAUCCGAGUCUAAGAACAUAUCAUUUCAUGAAAGCCUUAAUACACUCAUCAACUCACCCCCUUGACUUGCAUAUAGCUUGUAUAAAUUCACGAUUCUUUGCUGUCUUGAUAAAUUGGUAGGCCAUUGUUUUAACGGGGUAGGAGAUGAGUCUCUGUUAAAGUUUAAAAAGGAGAAGACUAUAAUACAGCAUUACUAUGAACUCUCGUCCAUUGUCAAAUCUUUUGGUGACAGGGUAUUAGCAUUUUUUUUUCUUUUUUUGGUGAAUAAUGACAGGGGAUUAGCUAUAAAUUUGAUUGUUCGACAGUUUUUGGAUGACUUUAUUUACACGAAAGAUGGUAAACAUGAUAGAGGAGUCAGUUUUGCUUUGGUAAUGGUUUAGCAAAAGGAACAAGAGUAGGAAAAAUGUCCCUAUUCAGUGACAAGUCCCACAUGGAAAGGAAGCAAGACAAUCAUUCUGAGAGAGCAGCAUAAAAAGGAAGCGAUGUGUCAGGUUACACUCACGCAGCCACGCGGUGGGCACAGAGCGAACUAUUCUUUCGCCUUUUACUAAAGAAUACCGUGUGCUCGCCGCAAAUAGUGGCAUACGCCUAUUUUUGGAGGGGUUUCUCUUUAUUGAGAAGCUCCUACAA